UCCCCCACCCCGGCCCUCCGCAGGUCUGCGGGUCCAAGUGUCGCGGCGGCGCACUCGCGGCGAGAAUCGGGAGGCGGAGGAGACGGCAAGGAUAGGCCCAGGAGUGAUGGCGUCGAAAGAGGAACAGGCGGUAAAAAGUCUCAACGUGGAAAAUGCUCAACAGGAAAACGAAGGCGGGGACCAAGCCCCCAUGCAGAAUGGAGAGGAACCACGCCAUUUGGGAAGGGGCGAAGGCCAGAAGCCUGGCAGAAAUGUCAGGCUGGGGUGGGUUAGGCGACUUGUCCCUAAUUUUCGAUGGGCCAUACCUAACAGGCAUGUUGAUCACAAUGAAGUGGAAGAUGAUGUAGAAAAGACCGUAGUGCAGCGGAUGGAAAUCAGGAGAAGGACUAGGGAGCAGCAAAUGAGACAUCAUAUGCGCUUCCAAACUCCUGAACCUGAUAAUCAUUAUGACUUCUGCCUUAUACCUUGAAUUCUAAGAUUUUCUCUUGAGGUUAAUAAUGUGACCUCUGCUCUACAAGCUUGUAGUUUUGUGAUUUACUUUUCUGUAAACCUUUUGGCGUUUCCCCUUAUCAGUUUCUAACCAAGUAUAGUUUGGUCUCAGUAUAGAACUUUCUGUCCAGCAGGGCAACUCCACCUAGUUUUCAGAAAAAAAGUAUUCUUUUCAUAAUGUGAAAUCAAUAAAGCAAUUUAAAAAGCAA